GGACGGUGGGGAGCUAUUAGAUAGUAGCCACACAGAUCCGAUUGGCAGUCUGUCAUGCGCCGGUGCCACCGGGCUCUCUGACCACCAACAGCAAAUGGGUUAACUAUCAUCCCCAGACACAAAUAUGCCCAUCAAGUCCAACCAAUUGGAUUUUAUUUCUGGUGGUAUAUUUAAAAGGUCUAAUUUUAACUAGGAUAAUUUGAAAUAAUAUAAAUACUGAAACAUUUCGUCUUCUAAUCAUUUGGAUGUUUUUUUUUUCUCAUAGGUAUAUCUUGACAUCACAUGUGCGCCAUACAUAGUGCUUAAACUCCCCAUUGUCAUCCUACCUGACCUUUCCGAAGAAAAUCUCUUACCUCCUUCCAGUAGCUACAGUUGUGAAGUAUUUGAAAGUUCAUAUGAGCCAAGUAUUUCAACACGCAAGAUAACCAAGUCUUUCUAUCUAUCACCUCUUCAAAGUGUUGUCCCUUUGUUUAUUUCUCCUGGCCUGCUUUUAAUAUCUCAUGUAUCAAAAUGUAACAGUUUCACUCCACUGUCAUUUAAAUGAGAUUUUUUUUUCAUAAGAAAACUCUUAUGUCACAAUGACACAGCAUAACAAAGUUUCACAUUUUUAACUCCUAUAUAAAAUAAGGCAAUCAAAAGGAUGUUUUCAAAAACAAUAUGCGCUACAUAGCUGAACACUGAAUUUCAGCUAAAUCUGCCUCUAUUUUUUAAAAAAAAAUACUGCCGUGUUUUCAUGGCUUUAUGUUUUUUCCCCGAAUGCACACCUCAAGGUGUCCCAACCAGUUUCACGUUUUGUCAUCAGACAACCUGAACAGGUUUGUCAGGAUUUACAAGCACACCUGCAGGGUUUAUUCUUUAGCAUAAUUGACUAAGGAAGACUAUUGGAUUCACACGGUUCAAACUUCAACUUGGUUUGAGCUUCUCACUCUGAUGAAAAUGACCAUCAAACACUUUCAGAUUGAAUACGAUGCCAUCAACAGGAGGAACAUUUUUACCAACAGAGAUACCAUAAAUGGACGGAUCAUCCUAGAAGCCAUGAAGAAAACAAGAAUCCAGUCACUUGUUUUUAAAGCUACAGGAAAAGCUUCACUUCGCUUAGUUAAUUAUUAUGGGAACAUAAUAGACAGGGAGGAUGAGAGAGAUGAUCAUAAUCACCUGGACAAAAUAAAAUAUUAUCGAAUAAAACAGGAUAUCCUGAAAGAAGGAGAACAAGAUGACUGGAAUGUCAUUGAAAAAGGAAGGCAUGUCUUUCCUUUCAGCUUCAAGGUACCAAACAGCCGAAGAAUACCUUCAUCUUUCUGCUCAGUCUUUGGUCAAAUUGUUCAUACGUUGAAGGCAGAGCUCAAGCAACCAAUGAAGCUGACAAAAAAAGCUGAAACUCACUUCACAUUUGUGUGCAAGGCAUCCGAAUCAGGACUUAUGGCCCGUCAACAUGGAAGCAUGAACAAAAACAUUGCUCUUGGCUCUGGAAAGGUUUCAAUGACUGUCCACACAAGGCAGAGAGGAUACAAACAAGGUGAGGCCCUCCGGGUCCGGCUUGAAAUUGAGAAUCUCUCAAGUCGUUCAGUCAAACCUAAGUUUGUACUUGAUGAGAAGAAGAGCUACUUUAGCAUAAACCGAAGUAAAAUUCAGAAACAUGAGAUACUGAAGGAAAAGGCAGAUGCAGUUGAAUCAUUCUCUGGCAAAAAAACGGUAAUAAAGGAAAUCACCAUUCCUCGGGAGCUUUCCCCGUCCAUUUUGAACUGUUCCAUCAUCAAGUUAGAGUACAGAUUAAAGGUAUAUCUAGAAAUCACAUGUGAGGCAGACUUAGUGGUCAAACUCCCCAUUGUCAUCAUACCCGAGCUAUCUGAGGAGGAUCCUUCUGGACGUCCAAAUCAGCCAGCCUGGAUGUCACAACCAAUGGGUGCUCCACCUCCCUAUGAAGAAUAUGCAAUGUACCCUUCUUUCCCUUUUGGAGUUUAAAGAACUCAAUUUUUAAGGCUUCCUUUAAAGGGAAUAUUAUGGUUUUUGUAUGACACACCAGCAGCAGUUUUUGCACCUCGUCAUUGCCUGUGUGACGGAUCAUCCUAGUAAAUUGUGUCUACAGCACAAUUUCACAAAUUUGCGGCACAAAUGAGCCAAAGAAAACAUGACUGAGAUAAUUUCCUUUAGAGAACACAACAGCUACUGCAGGCGACUUUAAUAUGAAUUCAAACUAGGUUUUCCUUUUAAAGAAAUAUCUAAAGUAUGUAACGUAAUGUUGAUAAAAGGCUUUGUGAUGGGCUAGAAAUGUAUACAGCCAGGAAGACCACCUCCUCUUCCCACUGAAUGCUGAAGAUAGGCAAUUAGAAGCCAUUGCAUCCUUUGAUGCACAGUUUGAAAUGUGUCUACAUCCAGCUGGAUCACAGAGUCAGAAAUGCUGUAAAGACAGGGAAAAUGAAACCCAAUCCUUGUCUUACUUGGGGGUACUGCAGCUGUAAAUAAUACAUUUUUCUAUCCAAUAUAAUAUAACAUAAAUUGGACAAAAGCAGUGUUAGGGUAGUUGCAAUAACUGACAUUAAAGAUACCAGUUUGAUUGUAAUCUCUCAGCUUCACUCUACAACUCAACAGAGAAUUUCAUCCUGAUGAUAUUAUAAUUUAAAUCUUUCUGUAGGAGUCUCCCUCACUAUCUUGAUUGUACUAAACCAAUAGACAGGUUGACUUGGGUUUGGUUAACUUUGUAUACAUUUUUACUUUUUUAACAACUGUUAGAGUUGAGAUCUUAAAAUGCAAUGAGAAUGACUUAAUUUGGUUAAGAUGUAUCUUAUUUAAGUCAUAAUGAGUGGGCUGUGGCAAUGCCACCUAUACUAAUUAACCAAUAUGUUUAUAAUGACUGUUUUUGUCUGAAUCUGGUGCAAAAUAGAUAAAGUCUUCUUUAAAUAGGCUAGAAAAUACUUGAUGAGAUGGGAAUAGUGAGGGCCUUUUUCUUUUGACUUCUCAUUUUUAAGAUUGUACAUCAUUAUUUUAGCAUCUCAGAAGUUACCUCUUUAGACUAAUGUUUGAUUCAAGUAACCGUUUACCUCAACUUAAACAUACUAUCCUCAUAUUUGUUUACAUUUUAAUUUUAUUUGAUCCCUUUUGAUCCCCAGUUUUAUUGAUUUUACAUGUUAUAAUUAACUCUGUUUAGGCUGAAUAAUGUAUUUUUUUUUGUUAAACUGCACUUUAG